AAUCAAUUUCAGUUAAAUAUUACUAGAUCUUGCCUUUUCUCAAGGGAAAAAGUCCGAGUAAUCCGGUCAUAUCAAUCAACCUUGGUUGCGUUUGACACUUUCGGCUUCUCAUUAACAGAGAAGAUCUAUGUUUUAAAUUAGCUUCGACAAAUGGAUCAAGCAGCGGAAAGUAAUCAACUAGAAGGAGUUGAAAUAAAGUUGUCAAGGGGUUCCACUGGUCUUGGAUUUAAUAUCCGAGGUGGAGUUGACAACCCGCAUAUUCCUGGAGAUUCAGGGAUAUUUGUGACAAAAGUGAGGGAAAAUGGUGCAGCAUAUAUUGAUGGUAGACUAAAAGAAGGAGAUAAAAUUUUAUCGAUCAAUGGGAAGAGUUUGGUGAACGUGACACAUGAGGAUGCUGUCCAAUGUUUUACGAGGGCCAAAGAUACUGUUACACUACGUGUACAACAUGGAGCUCAGGCAGAGAUAUUGAAGAAACGAACACAAGAGAAACAAAGUGAGGGGGGCAACCCAGAUGAAGCACAGUCAUCCGGUGCAGGAAAAUACAUCGCAAUUGCUGCCUGUAUUGGACUUGUAAUUGGUGGUGUAAUAAUGUACAAAAAGUUUUCAAAAGGUUUUGUGAGCUAUCGGUGAACAUGGUGCAAUUUAGAUUAACUACUCAAUUGUUGCGUUAAUGUUAAGUUGAAACAAAUGAAUUAUUUAAAUGUCUUAAAAAUUCAUAGAAUGUGGUGAUGAAUGUGUACGUGGCUGUUCAGAAAAUUGUUCUGUAUAAUUAUAUUUGUUGGUAAAAAAAUUUAAAGAUACAUAAUUUAUGCAUUUUUUACAUUUUUUCAGAUCUCUUUCAUAAGUUUUUGUCAAUAACUCAGUACAAGAAAGAGUGUGUGUCUAAAAUUUUGUUCUUUUUGUUGGUUUACACAUUUAUGUUUUGUAUCUAUAGAAAGGGAUAAGUAUUUAUACUCGAAUAAACUUGAAUUUGCUGAAAUCAAGGUGUCAGAGAAUGUAGACUGGAAAUAUUGACAUCCUUCAAUAUUGUUUACCUUUACCUGGAAAUAUUGUCAUCCUUUAUCAUUGUUUACCUUUAACAUUAUCCUGUAUCAUCUCGUUAUAGCCCUGUGAUAGUUUCAAAUUAUUUAUGUACAAAAAUGUAAUGGUAGACUUUGUGGCAAGCUUGUUUCCAUUGUUAACUUAUUUCAUCAGUUUCGUGCUAUAAGCUACAGCCAAACUGCUCAAACUCCAUGGGACAGGCAAAGUUAGCACAAGUUAUAGGUAGUUUGAGCGUAUUUUGCCGGGACCUGCUGAUGAGUUCAAGCAAAGGGUCGUGUUCGAAUUACCUAAGUUCGAGCAAAUAAAGUUUGACUGUAGUUUUCAGUGUAUUAUUGGUAAUUUCUGAUACAGAAUUAUGUUGUAUCUGUUUAAGUGCUACUUUUAAGAAAUCUGUUGCUAAUGUAACAUUGAACAAAGAAAGGAUUAGUACAAGUUGGAUUUAUAACGCAAUAUUCAGUCUAUGAAAAGCAAAUAAUAUAACUGUAAGCAUGUUUUUUUUCUUCCUCUGUUGAAGGUGUGGUUGUGUAUUUUCUGUUAGUAACCAAGACAAUGGUGGUAAACCUUGUCAAGCAAUUUGCAUUUCUGGCUCGGAACCAGUUCUUGUGAGACUGAAAGUUGUUUUGUAAACACAGGUGAUGUGUCGUCAUGAAACAAAAUACAGUCUUGUGAAGCAGUGUUUUUUCAAAGACAUGAAGAACAAUUGUCAGAAUGAUCAGGAUGAAAUGAUUGCAUGAAUAAGGCCUAAAUAAAAUGAUUUUUAAAUGUAUCCAGAAACUGAUCUUGUCCGGAUACUGGUUCCCAGUGAUCUUGCAUUUAGCAUCCAGACAUGCUAAUCAUUUGUUAAGUUGUGUUUAUGGGCAUGUACAACCUGAAUAAUGCAAAAUGUGAAUUAACAGCAGCAGACAUAAUCAUAUAGUGAUUUCCAGCAAGAUCUGUGGAAAUAAUUAAUAUCUUGGCCAUUUUGCUGUUUGUGCCCAAUUUACAAAAUACUGUCUUUAGAUUCUUCUAAUCUUGCAUUUUAUGUAUUCAAAGUACAGUCAUGUAUUGAACAAAGUACUUUGUGACAAAUACUUUGUCUUUAUGACUGUGUUAGAUUUACUACUGCUCAUACUUUUGUUAAUCCCCCGCCGUGGCGGAGGGAUUAUAGGAAUGGUCUGUGUCCGUCGUGCGUCCGUCUUUCCGUCCGUCCGUCCGUCUUUCCGUCCUUCCGUCCGUAACAAAAUCGUGUCCGGUCCAUAUCUCCUAAACCCCUUGAAGGAUUUUCAUGAAACUUGGGUCAAAUGAUCACCUCAUCAAGACGAUGUGCAGAACCCAUGAGUCAGCCUUGUCGGUUCAAGGUCAAGGUCAAAGGUUUGAGCCUGCCAUUUUGUGUCCACUCUAUAUCUCGUAAAGCUCUUGAAGGAAUUUUAUAAAACUUGGGUCAAAUGAUCACCUCAUCAAGACGAUGUGCAGAACCCAUGAGUCAGCCAUGCCGGCUCAAGGUCAAGGUCACAACUCAAGGUCAAAGGUUUGAGCCUUCCAUUUUGUGUCCCCUCUAUCUCUCUUAAACCCCUUGAAGGAAUUUUAUAAAACUUGGGUCAAAUGAUCACCUCAUCAAGAGGAUGUGCAGAACCCAUGAAUCAGUCAUGCCGGCUCAAGGUCAAAGUCAAAACUUAGGGUCAAAGGUUUGAACCUUCCAUUUUGUGUCCGCUCUGUAUCUCCUAAACCCCUUGAAGGAUUUUCAUCAAACUUGGGUCAAACGAUCACCUCAUCAAGGCGAUGGGCAGAACUUAUGAGUCAGCCAUGUCGGCUCAAGGUCAAGGUCACAUCAAAGGUCAAAGGUUUGAGCCUUCCAUUUCAUGUCCACUCUAUAUCUCCUAAACCCCUGGAAGGAAUUUUAUAAAACUUUGGUCAAAUGAUUACCUCAUCAGAACGAUGUGCAGAAAUUAUGAGUCAACCAUGCCAGCUCAAGGUCAAGGUCACAACUAAGGGUCGAAGGUUUGAGCCUUUAUUUGGUGUCCACUCUGUAUCUCCUUAACCCCUUGAAGGAUUUUCAUCAAACUUGGGUCAAAUGAUCACCUCAUCAAGAACUCAUGAGUCAGCCAUGUCAACUCAAGGUCAAGGUCACAACUGAAGGUCAAAGGUUUCAGCUCUGUAUCUCCUAAACCCCUUGAAGGAUUUUCAUGAAACUUUGGUCAAAUGAUCACCUCAUCAAGAUGUUGUGCAGAAUUCAUGAGUCAGCUAUGUCAGUUCAAGGUCAAGGUCACAGCUAAAAUCAAAGGUUUUACCCUUUCACUAUCCAUAGCAGUGGCGGGGGAUUUAGCUGUCUUUCAGACUGCCUUGUUUUUUUAUAGAAUUGCACCUGCCAAACACACAGUGUAUGUUCUCAUACAGUCUAUGUAAGAUACAAGAAGUCGGGUUACGUAUAGGACUGGGAUGAUUACUCAGUUAAUAGGAUUCGAUUCGAUUACUAUGUAAAACCGGUUUCAACUUUGCAAAAGCGCUAAUCGCUCUCAAACAAUAAACAUCAUGAAUUGUACCUCAUCUUUAUAUAUUUCUUUGACAAUCACAUACUAUAUGAUAGACCCACAGUAUAUUUCCGCUAAAACACAUCAACUUGAACAUAAUUAAUAGUCUCAGAUUUGCCUGUCUUGAUAUAUCUAAAACAAUACACUAAAAUAUCACACUGAUUGCGAACGAUAAAGUCCGUAAGUUCCUGAUGAAGUCAGCUGUUGGAAGUCCCUUGAUAUGGUCGUCAGGAAAGAAAACAGCAUUUUAAAUAUGGUGGCCGAUUAACCGGUUCGAUUCGAUUUCAUACAAAUGAUUAACCGAUUUCAAAAUUUAGAAAUCGUCCCAGCCUUAGUUACGUAGGCUAAAACUGGUAGAUAAUAUGUAAUUAUCUUUAUCAUAACUCUAUGAGAAAUUCUUCAACAACAGCUUUCUUUCCAAGAGAUAAUUUAUUUUUGCUAUUAAGGUCAUACAAUGAUUUCUUUCUUACUAUUGUGCAAGUACAGGACUGGUGUUUUCAUCUGUAGAUAGUUAAAACUUGAGACUUCUGGAAAGACAAGACAUUGCUCACACCAGAUGGGUGGGUUUGAAGUCUUGCUAGCUUUUCAUUUAGAACUGAUUUUCACCUGGAGCAGAUCAAAAAGUUAAUUCAAGUUUGAAAUACUUACAGGUGGAAAAAAAAUAAUUUGAAAAUAUUAAUUAUAGACUGUGUGAUUGGUAUGUGUGAAUUAUAAAAUGACUUGUGUAUAAAUUGACCAUAUUUGUAUAUUGGGGAUAGAUAGUAGUUUAAAUGGCUAAACAUGGUCAAAUUUUUCUGUCAAACAGAAUUUUGUAUUUUUUUUCUCUCAGUUUUUGUUUUGUUUUGUUUUGUUUUGUGCAGCAUUUUAUUUUGUGUUUAUUUAAGGCAUGUAUUACCAUUACUUCAGCUAGGGCUGUCAUACAUGUCAGUAAAGUCUUUAUUGUUUUGUCUGCUGAAAUAUCACAAUACAUAAGUUCAUACAGAAAGAAAAUUUAUGAAAAGUUAAGCACAUGUUAAAUAUGUAGACAAGGUUUAAAAAAAAUGCUGUGUAAGUAAGACAUUUUGCUUUUUGUGGAAACAAUACCAAAAUGAUAAGUUUAAUCUUAUUUCAAUAUGCUUGGUAGUUUUUGGUCAGUAUACAGACACAUUAAAAUACAUUCAAGUUGAAAAAAUGGUUAAAUAUCAUUUCAUUUUUACCAGAAAUUAGUUAAGUAAAAAGCCUGUUUAUUAACUCUUUAAUGCUGUUUUCAUUAGGACUGUACAAAAUGAUUGAAGUAGUGUUAUUGUUUAUUACAGAAUCAGGGGGGUUUUAGUUUCCUUUGAUAUUAGACCAGCCUUUAUAGAUAUUUACUGUAUUUAGGUUUUAGUUCCUUGUAAAUGCAGAUUAGGUAGUGUGCAAGUAGUUUUGAUAAAAUCAGAUUCUAAGUUUCGCAUUUUUUCUUAGUAGCCUAGUAGCAAUUUCCUCUAGCUUAAAGUGAUAGUCUGUAACUUUAGUAAUUGUGCAGUUGUAAUCUUUAAUUUUCCAUUAUUUGCCCUGUCUCGCCAUAAGAAAAAAAAAUGUAUAUCAUGCAUAUUGUAUUACCCUGCAAAUAAAGCUAUGCAUCAUUUUUACAUUGUAUUACUGAAUCAGUGCAAGACAGUAUUUGACUUUGAAUCUUCAUUUAGUCAGAUCAUUUCCACAUGUUUCAACCAUAUAUCAAUACAGUUGAUUAGGGCUUUUAUUUAAAUAAUGCCUACUUUAUAGCUGUAAAAUGUGAGGAAAUAAUUACCGUAAUACAUUAAUGAGAAAUAAUACUAGUCGUACAGUGCUAAUAAAGCAAUUCAUUUGAAAUAGCCAGUUAUAAAAUUAAAGCUUAAAAGCUGUUUUCUUAGCUGACAUUUUAAAGGUGUGACUAGUGUGGUGUUUAAACACAACUGUGUAUUUAUGUAAUGAAUUUUUAAAAACUGAUUAGGUAUUGUGUGUUAGUUCUGUAUUUAAGUGUGAUGUGCAACACAUUCCAUCAAUAAUAAAGUUUUUGUCAAGAUACUGACUACAGUGGAACCCCAAGUUUCGUAUGAAGGGGCUUUCGGGUAUAAAUAGUUCUGUUAAGGAACUGUAAGAGUAAAAGAAAAUGACAGAUAUUUGUUCAGUUUCGAGUGGUUUUGAUGUUUCUUGUUUCAGUUGUGAUGGGUCCCACUGUACUAUUACAGUAUUGAGUUGUGAAACCAAAAUUUGUAGUCCUGUUUGGCGCCAUAUAACCUAUACUGUGUUGGUGCGCCGUAAAACCCAAAUAAAUAAAUAAAUAAAUAGUUACAGUACAGUAAUGGAGGAUAUUUCUGUGUGUUACUGCAGUGGUAUAAGAUACAUGCAAUUUUAUUGCACAUUUGAACAUAUCAGACUAAACAGUGAAUGUUAAUAACGUAAUUCUUUAAUUUAGUUUAUAUAAGUGUAUUGUCUGUUCUUUUUAUUUGAAAGGGUAGAUUGUAUCUUGUGAUCAGUAUAUGUAGGUAAGAAUCAUUUUGUACCUGGUAACUGGACAACUUAAUGAACAAAAUAAAAAAGAUUGUCUUUUACCCUAUAUUUCAUCAAUUGUAUCAGUAAAAUGAACUCAUUGUUAAAAUGCAGAAAAACAAUAUGUAUCUCACUGCCUAAGUAAAUUUUCAAAACAUUCACUGCAUGUAAGUAAAAUUGUUAUGUCAUACAUAAAAAUAUUUCAUGUGCAGCUUAAGAGGUACUGCUCUUUAUCCAAAGCUUGAUAGGGAAUGUUACUGUAAUAUUUAAUAUAUAUAUAAUAUAACCUGUAGCCACACUACAUAUAUUGAAUGGAUAUGAUCAGUUUCCUGAUGCAAUUGGUAUAUGCCCAUGUAGAACACAUGUAGGACAAAUGUAGUGCAUGUUAACAGUUUGGAUGAUUACUGCUUGUGUUUAUUCUUUGUAAAUUUGUUACAUUAUCACACAGAGAAUAAAUUUUUAUCUUGA